AUGAGCCAUUUUCCAGAGUAUGCUCCAACCGCGGCAACAUCAUUCACAGUGUCAACCAACUCGGCGCAAUAUAACCGAGAAGUAACGAAAUCAUCGCUAAUAAAAUCAACAUUGCACAAGUCAACUUACGACUCACUCGCUGAAAUAUGCUCGAUCAUAUCUCUGCUAGAGAUGUUUGAGAAUGCAUUCAUCAAGGACUUUGUUACCGACCGAGAAAAGUUUACUUCGACUACGUAUCGACUAAUUUCGCAAUACCAAAUCAUAAUCAAGACAUUUGAUCAACCUAAAAUCAACUUGCUACAAUCUGUGCUACUACCGGACUUGAAACUGGACAUGUCCAACUUCUUGGAGUUGUUAAUGGCGAAGUUUGGAUUGAAUUGCCCUCAAGCCAUGGCUAGACUAAAAAGUGGUGUACCGUCCACAGUUGAGCGUGCUAGUGAAAUUCAACUUGAAAGUGGGAGUGCAAAUGGAAAUGAAAGCGGGAAUGGAAACAGUAACAACAACAACAACAACAACGCAAGCGCAAAUGCAAGAUUAAUUGCUGAGAUUACUGGUAAUUUCAUCACUCUAAUGGAUGCUGUCAAGUUGAACUAUCGAGCUAGAGACCAAUUGCAUCCGCUAUUGUCUGAUCUCGUGGUAAACUUGAAUGAAUUUAGUGAAAAUAUCGAGUUCCAAGGCAAGUCGAAGUUGGUCAAUUGGCUAAUCAAGAUUAACAACUUGGAGAAAGAGUUGGGACAGGAAGAUGCCGAUACAUUCUUGGAUGAUUUGGACUUGGCUUACAAAGGGUUCUAUUCAUCAUUGGACAAACAAUGA